AUUUAUAUAAAAGGUGGUUAAUCUAUUUUGGAUAGAUAAUAUACAGUAUGUUUUCUGUUAAAAAUUUUGUGUUACACUAUUUGAUGCUCUAUGUGAGUUACACUUGUGGGGCGCUUAACAAUAAACGAUUUCCUGAUAACUUCUUAUUUGGUACUGCUACGGCAUCGUAUCAAGUUGAAGGAGCGUGGAAUAUUGAUGGCAAAGGUGAAAACAAUUGGGAUAAAGUUACUCAUUCUACACCAUCUCCUGUUCGUGAAAAUGCAACUGGUGAUAUAGCUUGUGAUUCUUAUCAUAAAUACAGAGAAGAUGUGGAUAUAUUGAAAACUUUGGGGGUGAACCAUUAUAGAUUUUCUAUAUCAUGGUCAAGAAUUUUACCAACAGGGUUCACUAAUAAAAUUAACCAAGAUGGAUUAACUUAUUAUGCAAAUUUGAUAGAGAAGCUGAAGGAGAACGAUAUUGAACCAGUAAUCACCAUUUUUCAUUGGGACACCCCUCAAGAUUUAGAGAAUAUAGGCGGUUGGACAAAUGAAGUUAUAAUAGAUUUGUUCGAGAAAUAUGCGGAAUUACUUUUUAAAACUUACGGUAAUGACGUUAAGUAUUGGAUAACGUUUAAUGAGCCUAAACAAACGUGUCAGGGAGGAUAUGGAUCUGGAGAAAUGGCGCCUGUUAUCAAAUCGCCCGGAAUUGGAGAAUAUAUGUGCGUGCAUAAUGUGUUGAAAGCUCAUGCAAAAGUUUGGCAUGUGUAUAACGAUCAGUUUAGAGAAAAUCAAAAAGGUCAUGUUGGAAUAACGAUAGAUACUCAGUGGGCUGAGCCUAACAGUAACAUUGAAGAAGAUGUACAAGCUGCAGAAAGAUUUCUUCAAUUCACAUUUGGUUGGUAUGCCAAUCCCAUAAUUAACGGAGACUAUCCAGAAGUGAUGAAAAAAUUAAUUGCCGAUAGAAGUGAGAAGCAAGGCUUUGAAAAAUCACGAUUGCCGGUGUUCACUGACGAGCAAGUAGAAUUUAUCAAGGGUACUGCUGACUUUUUGGGCGUUAACUACUACACCACUCGAAUGGUGCAACACACAACCGAUCCUCAAACAAUGGUAUAUGACUGGAUAGCAGACAUGGAGAUACACUCAUACCAAAAAGAUGAAUGGCCUUCAACUGCAUCAAAUUGGCUAAAAAUUGUUCCUUGGGGAUUUAGGAAACUAAUGAAUUGGUUGAAAGCUACCUAUGGUGAUAUACCGAUAUUGAUAACGGAAAAUGGGGUAUCAGAAGAUGGUAGCUCAUUGGAAGAUGACAUUAGAAUUUAUUAUUUUCAGGAGCACUUAAGUAAUUUAAGAGAUGCUCUAGAUGAUGGAGUUAAUAUUUUUGGUUAUACGGCUUGGAGUUUGAUGGAUAACUUCGAAUGGAUGAAAGGAUACACGGAGAAAUUUGGAAUAUAUAGUGUUAACUUCUCAAGUCCCAACAGGAUAAGGACGCCAAAAAAAUCGGCAGAUUAUUUUAAGUACGUAAUGAGAACGAGAUGCCUUGUACAAGAAUCCGAUUGUGUAGAUAGUGUUUGAUUGAAUUCUCAGUUUUCUAAUAUCUACUAAACAGAUGUUUUCAAUUUCAUUUUGAAGAUGUUUUUAUUUUCUAUAAGAAAAGUGUAAUUCAAAUAAUUCAAAUAUUCAAGUUUCGUCAAAUCAUCCUACAAUAAAUAAUAAUAGAAAAAAAUCACAUAACUAGCUCCUAUUGAGAAACUAAAAAUUAAAUGAAUAUUUGAUGAAG